GGAUUCCCGAUCGAUCGACUUUUUUUAUGCAAAAUUUAUCAGAUUGCAUCUGUACAUGUUUCCGAAAUAUUUUAACUUGUGAUUAUUGCCAUAUUUACUGAAUAUUGUGAUCAUUUGUUACAAAAAAAAAUCAAAACGAAAACAAUGAACCUUACAAAUAACGCUUUCUAUCCUUGUUUUAAAUGGUGUAACAGUGCAUGAAUUUGACAAAAAAAACGCGAGAGUCGAGUUCUGCGAAAAAAAAAAAUGCUUAUGGUGUGGGCUUGAAGAAAGCUUGAGUUUCGCUUGCUCUCGAGAGGAUGCACCAAAUGAGUUAUUUAUUUAUUUAUUUAUUUAUUUAUUUAUUUAUUUAUUUAUUUAUUUAUUUAUUUAUUUAUUUAUUUAUUUAUUUAUUUUGUAACACCAUGGAUUGAACCCUGAUGGAACCAACCGAGACGAUGUGAAUGCCGAUGUGUGUUGGGAGUGUGGAGAGUGUGAGUGGAUAGCGCAGCUUUUGAAGCAGAGUGACGCAGCUCCUAAAGUCCGCGAUCUAAAUUAUACAAACUAAGUGAAUUUCAUACAAAAUUAUAAAUAAACUAUGUUGAAUUUCCAUGAACUACGAAGAAUUAAACAAAUCUAGUGAAAAAUCCCGUUUUAUUAGUUUUAGAGUGAUUGAAUAUCACAGAGUGGGGGCUCAACCGGGAUUGAUGCUAUCUCCCGAAGCCAUGUUUGAUAAAAAGAACAAUCCAACCUCAUUUUGAGAGACCAUAGUGCUUUCUAGAAAGUGUGAAAGAACAAUCGUGUGCUCCUGAGAAUAAGUAAAAUUAAAUGGUUCUACAUACAGUUCCACGACGAAUUUUGAUCAACUACAAGGCAUGCGAAAGCCUUGAAUAGAUCACCUCAUCGCAAACACCCACGGAUGAGCGACAGCUGCCAUAGCGAGGAAGAAUCGUUUAAGUGGAACUCCAGUUCGCUAGUGUUUGUGGGAAGUCGAAUUUUUUCAUCAACCGCCAUGGACCAAUCCAGAAUGCCGUUCUUGGUCCCUCGUGUUCCCAUUCCGAAUAUGGGGUCUACACCGAUCAGAAGACCAUCCCUUCCACCGGUUGCGACCCAGGAUCAAACAAAUCCGACGCCGAGGCAGCCCGAGCAUGUGCACCAUGCUCCAUCGGCGCAGAACGAACAGGAGUUUGGCGAUAAUCCGUUGCCCGAUAACGUCGCGCCUGAAAGACAGCAACAAUCAGCUUCAGAAGAUCCUCAACAAAACAGCCUUGGUCAGACAUUAUCGAAUCUGGUGGGUGCGCUAGAUGCACUCAACAAUAAAUUGAGCUCGAUGGAGCGUACUCAACAAGCACAACAAGAUCAGUUACAGCGCAUGCAGCAGAAUUUGGCACCGUCAAUGGCAGGACAGCCUCCAACAGUGGCCCCUUGUCCUAAUGGAUUAGAACAGUGGAACGAUUUGAGCAUUUUCCAGCAGCCAAGUGUAUGGCCCGGAAAUACCGAACCUCCGCCAAUGGCAAACAUUAAUCACGGAGGCCAAUGGGCAACCGUUCCACCAGUGAUGCUCAACGGAAACAAUGCGAGAUCAUGGGCCGGCGGCAAUAUAGGGCAAAACGUCUUCGUGAAUCCGGCUGUAAAUACCGUUCCCCACAGCUCCAGACUUCCAAACGUUAGUUUGACAGCGGCUUUUGAUGUUCCGAAGCCUUCCUUCAAAGGUGAUUUGGAACAAAGUCAUCCGGUGGAAUUUCUGCAAGAUGUCGAUCGUUAUGUAGAAUCAAUAAGGUUGGAACCAAACUGCAAACUACCCUUCGUUCUAUCCUGCCUAGAAGGAGAAGCUAGAACGUGGGCACGAGGUUUCGGUUACCUGCUGGUGAACUACGACCAGUUUCGCUUCCAUUUUCUCCAACAAUAUUGGGGACAGCGUGCUCAGAGACUAGUACGCGAAGAAAUUAUGUACGGAAAUUAUGCAGCGAUAACUCCGUCGAAAAUGGCUGAUUAUUUCUUGGCUUUAAUCACCAAAGCCCGCCAUCUGGAUACAGCUCCGUCCGAAUUAGAGCUCGUUUUGCACCUAACGCAACACUUCCCUCGUAGUGUCGGCGCACGACUGAGUAAUUGCUCGGAUAUACAGUCCGCUUAUACCCUCCUACAAACGGAGGAUCAUCAUAACAAUACGUACAAUCGAAAUGUUUUGAGACCCCGAAACGACACCAACCAACCAAAACCAAUGCAAAAUGCAAAUACCAGCAGCCGGCCUUGGAGAGGUCAGCAGAAUAAUAACAACGACGGUCAAUGGCAUAGAAAUGUACGAGCUACAGUGACCGAGCUUGAGGACGACGGGAGUGCUGAAGUUCAUUCGGUUGCCAAUAUAUUCGUUGGUUCGGAUGAACUGCUUGCCGAAGACGACGUGAGUGGGCAGCCCAAGCACGAGAAAUCCCCUCUAAUUGAAGCACGCAUCGACAGUUUGGUAAAGCUAGUCUUGCUGGACAGUGGAAGUGAGCUAAGCUGCAUCGACAAGGCACUUUAUGUCGAAUUGAAGUCAAGGGGGAUACCGUUGGGAGAGUUUCCCGUACAGAAUACUACCAUCCAAGGCGCUUACGGAAAAAGAAAAAUGACAAUUUCAAAUCAGGUGUUUGUUCCAGUAUAUAUCCAGAAUGAGACUGUCGACGUUUGCCUGGCCGUGGUCGAUGAACUUUGCACACCGUUGAUAUUCGGCAUGGACACUUUGCACUAUUUGAAGGCUCAGAUGGACUUUCAAUGUCGAAAAGUCUGUUUGACACUGAACGGCCAAGAAAUCGUGUUACCGUUCUGCGCUGGAGAAUGGGGUCAAGACCGUGGGUGCCUACAAAUGUGCCGAAUUGAAGUAGGAGAUGAUAGCGCCCUGCCUUCGUCGGAUUUAGUGAGCGGAUCUCCGCUAGACGGGGAUUUUGUUCGAAGUGAAGAAGAGCAGAGGAAACUGGACUCGCUUCUGGAAGAAUUUUCAGAUAUUUUUUCGGAUGUGCCUGGCCUAACUACCGAAUACGAACAUGAAGUACGCGUAACCAACGACGUAGGCUACAACCAAAAGCAAUAUCCAAUCCCAUACCGCUACAUCAACAAGGUGCGGGACCAAAUCGACAAAAUGGAGGAAUGGGGGAUCAUCUCUCGAGCGCCAACCGCUUUCAUCAAUCCGCUAGUGGUCACCAUGAAAAAGUCUGGGGAAGUUCGAGUAUGUUUGGAUGCACGUCGCCUGAAUACCGUUAUGGAAAAAGACAACGAGAAACCUCCGGAUGUACAGCAGAUAGUGCAGAAGUUCAGCGAUAUUCGUAUUUUUUCGUUAAUAGACCUUACUAGCUCGUAUUGGCAGAUACCAAUUAAGCCAGGUCAUCGAAAAUAUACGGGAUUCCUGUUUGAGACGAGAUCGUACGUGUUCAACGUUCUCCCUUUCGGAUUAUGCACUGCAGUAGCCAGUUUUUCUCGCGCAAUGGACGUCAUAUUGGGUCCGGAGAUUUUAGAGUUCAUCGAAAAAUAUUUGGAUGAUUUACUGGUAAAAUCCAGUUCCUUCAACGAGCACCUAGAACAUCUCCGAAAAUUAUUCACUCGCCUUCGGAAUGCAGGACUGACUAUCAGCGCGUCAAAGAGUGAGUUUUGUAAAACGAGACUUAAAUUCCUGGGGCAUAUCGUGGGACAAAAUGGGGUCAGCAUCGAUCCAGACAAAGUGUCGGCCAUUCAGCAGUUUCCGGAGCCCUGUGAUCAGAAAUCCCUGAAAUCGUUCCUGGGUCUAGCUAGUUACGUUUCGCGGUUUACGCCCCAAUACGCUGCGAUUGCGAAACCACUCUACAUUCUUCUACGUGCGGAGAUGAUAUGGGAAUGGUCGGAGGUGGAAAAAGAAGCCUUCAACGCCGUAAAGCACCUCUUUUUACGCCACACUACCCUUCGUUAUCCCCUAAUGGAUAAGGAAUUUUGCGUGCAAACGGACAGUUCGUAUCAAGGACUAGGUGCCAUGUUGUUCCAAUGGGAUAAUCAAAACGAGCGAAUGGUUAUCUCCUAUGCCAGUCGUCUGCUACAAGCCGCGGAAAACAACUACACUGCCACGGAAUUGGAAGCACUAGCGGUGGUUUGGUCGCUGAACAAAUGGCGACAGUAUCUACUUGGGAGCCACUUCACCGUGUACACCGACCAUAAAGCCCUAGUUUUCCUUAAACGAUGUCAACUUCUCAAUGGUCGUCUGACAAGAUGGAUCCUUUUCCUUCAACAAUUCAAUUUUGACGUUCAGUAUUGCCGGGGUAAGGACAACGAGAUAGCUGAUGCCUUAUCACGCUACCCGGAGGGAAGUCAGACCACGCCACUACGUCCAAACAGACAAUUUGUCAUAGCCCGAUUGACACCAGAAGAAAAAUCCUUUCGCCAACUUAUGCGACAACUACCAAUGCAUCAAGAAGCGGAUGACGACUUGCGCUCCAUCUACCAGAAAGCCGAUGCUGGGAUUCAUGGUUUUCAAACUGGAGAAUAUACGAAGGUCGAUGGUGUGCACACCAAAAAUCGAUUGAGGGUUUCAGCAAAAUUUUGCUGAAUUUUGCCGAGCUGAAGGCUUCAGCAAAAAUUUUGCUGAAAUUCAGCAAAAUUUUGCUGAUUUGUUCAGUAAACUCUACUGAUCACCAGUAACGUUUUGCUGAAAUUCAGCAAACUUUGCUGAAAGU